CAGCGCAUUCGCCGCGGGGGCCCCGCUCCAGUGACGUCAGCUCUGCCUAAAAAAGCGCCCCGGCAGGCAGGCAGGGCAGCGGGCUGGGCAGCGGCCACAGCGGCGACGGCCACAGCGGCGACAGCAGCAGCAGCAGCGACAGCAGCAGCAGCGACAGCAGCAGCAGCAGCGCGCCCCGCCGCCGACAUGGUGUCCCCCGUCACCGUGGUGAAGAGCGAAGGCCCCAAACUGGUCCCCUUCUUUAAAGCCACUUGUGUCUAUUUUGUCCUCUGGCUGCCAACUUCCAGCCCCUCCUGGUUCAGUGCCCUCAUUAAAUGUCUGCCCAUCUUUUGCCUGUGGGUUUUCCUUCUGGCUCAUGGAAUUAACUUCUUAGUGUCACACCGGAGUGCCAGCCGCAUCCUAGCGGGACUCAUAUUCUCGGCAGUAGGAGACGCCUUUCUCAUCUGGCAGGAGCAAGGCUACUUCAUUCAUGGUCUGCUGAUGUUCGCCAUCACACACAUCCUGUACUCUUCAGCCUUUGGCAUGAAGCCUUUGGACCUCAAAGCCGGCUUGCUGAUGGCCGUUGUUUCCAGCUCCUGCUAUGCUUUCCUGUACUCCUACCUCUCGGGCCCGUUCACCUACCUGGUGGCCGUCUACAUCGCCCUGAUCGGCUUCAUGGGCUGGCGGGCGAUGGCGGGCGUGCAGCUGUGCAACGACCUGUGGACGUGGACCAAGCUGUCGGCCUGCGUCGGCGCCAUGCUCUUCAUGGUGUCCGACCUCACCAUCGCGCUCAACGAGUUCUGCUUCCCCGUGCCCUACUCGCGCUUCAUCAUCAUGGCCACGUACUACGCAGCCCAAAUGCUGAUCGCGCUGUCGGCUGUGGAGACCAGAGAUGAAGAGGACUUCAGGAAGAGGAGCUAGGCAGAGUGCCAAUAGGCUGUGAACACAUGGGUUAUAUCUCAGGUGCUGUAGCUGCAUUCACCCCUGAGAGAGAUCUCCAUUUCUCUAGGCACACUGGUGAUGUUGAUUUUGCUUCUUUGAAGCAUUACCUUUGGGAAUUACUUUUUUUUUCAAUGGCUUUCUCUGAAUACAGCUUACUUCAGUGUGGAGUCCACAUCAGAAAGCUUAGACUGCCCCUGCAGUAGUUACUCAUUCAAAUUUUCCUCCUUGGAAGUGCUGUACUACUGCAUUUUACUUGUUAAGUCUUGAAAUUGAUGCCGAAUAUCUGGGAAGAGGAGGGCUGGUGGAAAGGAGGUUUGGCCAUGCAUGGUGCUAAAAGGCUUGCUCUUGAGUGUAGGCAGACAGGCACAGAUCUCUGCUAAAGUCAUAGGUAAAAAUUAA